CUCUAGUUCUGUGCUACCCCAUGGCCAUGGGCCUCAACAAGGGCCAUAAGCUGACCAAGAACAACAGCACGCUGAGGCACAGCCACUGCUAUGGACGCCUCACCAAGCACACCAAGUCCCUAUAGGACAUCCAACAGGUAUGAGGCCUUGCCUCACAUGAACAGAGUGCUUUGGAACUAUUCAAGGUCUCUAAGGACAAGCAGGCCCGCAAGUUCUUCAAGAAAAGAGUGGAGACACACACCCAUGCAUGGAGGAAGCAUGAGGAGCUAAAGAAUGUCCUGGCUGCCAGGAGGAAAGCAGUUGCCAAGGACUGA